AUGAGGAAAAGAAGCAUCACGCCCACUGAUAGCCAGCGCAGCAGUCGGAGUACCUCCGUCAGUCAUAGCAGUCCGGAACUGCCGCUAAUACUUCCCCAUGUCGCCGACUCCACAUGGGAGGAACGAGCAGUCUGCCACUUCUUUGAUCAGUUCACGUGUGUUAGUGAUGAGUCUUUGAACCACCUGGGGUUUUUGCCUUCCCUGUAUGCUACGUGUCGUGACAGCAGGCAAGAUGAUCCGGUAUCCUCCUGCCUAAAGCUGGCAACCGAAGCGACUGCUCUCAUUACGCUAAGCAACCAUGUGAAAGCGCCUUCGCUUCUGCUUAAAGCAAGAGGGUACUAUGGAUUGGCGCUCCAUGGGCUUCGACGCUUACUGGGCACACGGUCUCAGGCAGUCAAAGACGAAACUUUUGCGACGAUGGUCAUUCUCUCCCUCUUUGAAGACAUCGCCGGAGAACGAAAUGGGCUCUACAGUUCACAUACAAAAGGACUCGGGCUUCUGAUGACGAUGCGAGGUGAAAGCCAACUAAGCCAUGCACAAGGUCGAGACUUGUUCAUUUGUGCUUAUGCACAUACUCUUAUUGAGAGCAUAGUCCUACGGACACGGCCCCGACAUGGUAGUAUUAGUACAGAACUGAUUGCCGGGCAACUUGACGGGUCCGAGCCAGUACUUAGGCUAAUACAAACGGCAUCCAAGAUUGGUCAGCUAUUUGCCGAAAGUUCUUCCCACCAGGGGUCAUUAGACAUAGAUAAUAUUACACAACUCACUACAUGGAUAGAGACCGGCAGUCUCUUAGCUCUGGAGAUGGCUAACUGGAGUCAGCAUUUGCCGGAUCACUGGCUCCCCCUCGUCGUCUGUACGGCUACGGGUGGGUCGCUCAUGACUUAUCAGAAUGCAUCGAUUGCAGCCAUUUGGACAUAUUACCGCGCGGCCCGGAUUAGCCUCCAAAGACAUCUACUAGAUCUACGCCAGGCCCUUGCCUCGCUCGUCGGUGACAACCAGGCCUGCGACGUCCACUGCCAUGCGGCGCUGGAGGAGAUUCAGGAGAUGACUACUGACACCUGUCGGAGUAUUCCAUUUUCGUUAGGGGAUGUCGAUACAUUUGGGCAAUCAAUCUCAACCUCUACCGAGGGGCGACCUCCUGUUCGCGCUCUUUACGGGUAUCUGAUGCUGUGGCCGCUAUGGUAUGUUCUGACUUUCGGCAUGGGCACGGCGGCACAGACGGAGCAAAUGCGAAGCGCCCUGGGCAGUGUCGGCUCUGUGCUGGGCAUUAAGCUAGCACUUAUGCUGGCGCAACAGGGAAGCAUGUCCCAAAAUGCAACUGCAUUGACCCCUAACCCUUCCCGUUUUGUACCAUCGACGGGGUCAACCGCUUGUACAUGA